CCCCCGGCCGCGGGGCGCCCGGCUCCUGCCCUUUUCUUUCCCCCGUGCCCGCCUGCCAAGGAAAGGCACAUGUUAAUACCACCCGGCGCGGGCAUUUUCUGCUACUGCUGCUGCGGGCUCCUCCGUCCGAGACAGAUGUUGCGAAACCAAGGCCUCCUCAAGUGCCGCUGCCGCAUGCUCUUCAAUGACCUGAAGGUCUUCCUGCUGCGGAGACCCCCCGCGCCGCCGCCGCCCUCCCCGCCGCCGCCGCUCCCCAUGCCCGGCGGCGCAGAGGCGGCGGCGGGGGCCGCACCGCCCGGGGGGCGCGGGCCCGGCUGGCGGGCGGCGGGCGGCGGCGGCGGCGCGGGCAGCCCGGCCGCCGAGGAGUGGGGCAGCCCCGCCGGGGAGCCGCCCGCCUCCCUGCCCAGCAGCACCUCCUCGGAUGACUUCGGCAAGGGCAAGGCCGAGGACCGCUACUCGCUGGGCAGCAGCGUCGACAGCGGCAUCCGCACCCCGCUCUGCAGGAUCUGCUUCCAGGGGCCCGAGCAGGGGGAGUUGCUGAGCCCGUGUCGAUGCGAUGGAUCUGUGAAGUGCACGCACCAGCCAUGUCUGAUCAAAUGGAUUAGCGAGAGAGGCUGCUGGAGCUGUGAGCUGUGUUACUACAAGUAUCACGUCAUUGCCAUAAGCACAAAGAACCCUCUGCAGGUAAAGUGGCAGGCCAUCUCUCUGACGGUCAUUGAGAAGGUUCAGAUAGCAGCGGCCAUCCUGGGUUCCCUCUUCCUCAUCGCCAGUAUCUCGUGGCUCAUCUGGUCGACCUUCAGUCCUUCAGCCAAGUGGCAGCGCCAGGACCUGCUCUUCCAGAUCUGCUAUGGAAUGUACGGCUUCAUGGACAUUGUCUGUAUAGGUCUAAUAAUACACGAAGGGCCCUCAGUUUAUCGGAUUUUUAAACGGUGGCAGGCGGUCAAUCAGCAGUGGAAAGUGCUGAACUAUGACAAAACAAAGGACAUGGAGGAGCAAAAAACAGGGACCAGGACAAAUCAGCGCCCCUCCUCCCAAACCACCCACUCGUCCUCCACUGGUGGUACAGCCACUAACUCCGCUCCAGCCGACAGCGGGGCACGGGCUGCCGGCCAUGCCACAGGCACCCUCUCUGACCACCACUGUGCUUAUACCAUCCUGCAUAUACUCAGCCACCUGAGGCCUCACGAACAGAGGAGUCAGUCUAGUAGUAACAGAGAGCUCGUCAUGAGGGUCACGACGGUCUGAGCAGAGGAAUUCAGGAGGCCUUAACACGGAAGCGGAGGAGACAAAGAACUCAUAAAGCAGAGGAGCAUGGUGUGCCUUUUUCUUUCUCUUUCCUUUUCUUUUUUCUUUUUUUCUUCUCUUCUUUUCUUUUUUCAGUAACUGCACAAGAUAUAAGAGGCGGCACCUGGCCAGCUAAGGAAAAAAGCAGGUGGAGGGAGAGCUGCACACUCAUGCUAAAGAGGUUAACGUUUUCCAGCCUGUUUAAAAAAAAAAAAAAAAAGAAAAAAAAAAGAAAAAAAUAACAACACAAAUCACAAAAAAACCAACAAAACAAGUGCAAUACAGACUACAAACUGAGUAGGCAGAGUUCUGGGGAAGCAGAGGAACAGACGGUUGAGCAUGUCUUACAAAUCCUAUUACCUGGAAUAGGUAACGCUCUGUGCACAGCCCCCGUACACACACGCACGCGCACACAAACACACACGUAGUGUGAGAUUUAUAAAAACGUGGAAGGGAACGAAAUAUUUGGAGUGGUUUUAUUUUCCAGACUCCAAUUAACCAGGGCUAUGAGUUGUUUUGUUUCAUGAGUCACUGGAGCCUUGUUUGAUUUACUGUGGGGUACCUGAAGUGAAAUGGCUGGGGAUUUUUCAGUAUUGAUUUACAGAAGACAGAUUGAAUCAUCUCACUGAGAAAAUCUUAACAAAAUCCAGGCAUACCCAAAUUUCACCAAGAAGCCUGUUUUUUUCAUAAUGUUCCUGACAAGGGGUUUGUGAGGGUAGAACUGGGAGGGGGGAGGGUGCUCCAUAACCUUUAUUUGACGUAUAGGCAUUUUUGGCAAAUUUUGUACAAACGUUCCGCAGGUGUUUCAAGCACAAGUACUGGUGUGAUUCAUGCCUUCAUAACCCCAAAUCCAGCAUCCAGACCUUACCGCCCACACACAUCAUUUUCCAUGAAGACAUUCCAGGUUAAUUUCCUUCCAUUUUACUCGAAUCACAAGAAGCUGACCCAUCUUUGGUGGGUUUCUGCUCCCUUGCUGAUUCAGACACUCAUGCAUUGGAGAUGUACCUUUUUUUUUUUGGUGUCUGUAUCUCUGCUGCUCAAUUUGCAACAGUCUCACUCAGUCUUGUAGGCUGAUCCUUUCACAUUCAGUCUGUUAGUUUAUUACAGAGUCUGUUCCAUUCAAUCAUCCAAAAGAGAGUUAGUCUGAAGAGGGAGCACAGUUGCUGAUUGACUGUGUAGCACUUCUAAUAAGUCUCCUUCUCUGGGAUAUAUCCUCGAAGGUAUCGGUUGCUCUUCAGGAACAUUCUCUUUCAAUGCACAAUGGCUGAAUCAUUUGUGGAUAUUAAAGGGACACUGUCAAGUACUUUUUAAAUAGUUUUUAGGGUUUGGGCUUUUUUUACUCUCCAUUGUUUGUAAUAUUCUCUUACAAGCUUGAAAAUAAAAUUUCUUUCCCUACCGACUUUGUCCUUUUCCAUUUGGGCAUGUAUGGUUCUCUCCACUCACCCCAUUCCUUUCACUAUCCCUGUCCUUCUCCUCCCCACCUUUCUUCUGUGACAGGAGGAAAUCCAUAUUUCUGAUUUCCUGCUGACUGUCUUCAUUCUAUGGAGGGUAUGUCCCAGCUCUAUGGGGUUGAGUUAUUUUGCAGCUGCUACAGAGGAAGCAUAAGAGCAAGAACCCUAGAAAUACAGAGAUUAGCUGGGAUUUUCAGGAGCAAAAGCUCAGCUAUCACAAAACAAUGACCCCAUAGUGUUCAAGCCUGAACCCAGCUCCUCCAAAAUCAAGAUAAAGUCUUCAGCCAAACUGCACCCAUUUAGCAGCAGUGCCAAGCAACGUUGCAUGAUGGCUGAAAGCAGCUGCCCUCCAUCAUCGUACCAGCACCUCUCACACUUCUGUGGAGACAGGGCAAACAGGGGCUGCCAGCUCCUCUGGCAGCCAGGCUGUCACAGGUCAGGUGUUUCUGGACUGGAGAAGGUGUCAAACUUCAGCCUCUGUGUUUGAGCAUGGCAGCCAUCCUGCAGCGUUGGGGAUGGAGGUGAGCAGCUUAAGGCAAGGUCGUGUUUUUCACCUCGAUUACUUGACAGUGUCCCUUUAAAUAUCAGAAUGCAACAGAACAGAUACUUACUUCUCUGGCAGAGAAUGGGGGAGGUGGAACACCGUCCGAGAAAGCCAGCUUACUGAGGACCAGUGUGAAACAGCAUGGUUUCUGAGGCCACUGUACCUUUGUCUGACCAGAUUUACUAUCUACCAAAGAGUGCUUUUGGCAGAGGGGAGAAGAGAGACGGUGGUGGGCAGAGGGAGAGGGAAGGUGCAGCUCCAGUCAUCUCUGAAAGUAGCUAUCCCCCAGAAGGAAGGUGUUGCAAUGAAUGAUCUCUGCAAGAACUGCUUCAGUAGAGAGAAACCUGGCCAAAGCAAGCAAACACAGCAGCCUCUCACUCCUUUGCCUGUUCUGGAAGCUGUCCACAUUCUGAGGGAUGAAUAAUAAUAGUGUUUUUGGGAAGGGGGAAGUAUACACAGAUGAAGGGACAGCUGUCACCCAUGAUGUCGUUUCCCUCCCUGCCCUCCACUCAUUUAACAUGGAGAAGUCAAAUUCCUUUAAUUUGGCUAACAGAUAAAAUGUUACGAGGUCAGAAGCACAACUUGCUGUGAAAGAGUGGUGUACUCUGAGCACACAGGACUCUGCAUACUCUCACUCCAGCUCUGCCACUGACUCUGUAGCCUUGGGCUGUUUGGCUCAGUCCCCCCUCCACGCCAAGGGGGAAUAACAAUACGUACCUACCUCACAGGGGUGUUGUGAGAAUCCACGUUGGUAAAGCCUGUUGAAGCGCUGAGUCUACCGCCGGUAGUGCCGAGGUGUGUGGUGGGGGUGAGCAGCGCUGCCCUUUUGCUGGUUACAGUGGGAUCACAGCGGGAGCCCAUCGGCCUUCUCCUCCCUGGAGGCCUCCUCGCGCGGACGCGGAGGCUGUCGCCCGAGUGCCCUCUCCUCCAUUGCAUGACAUUUUAAGCGGCUGUGAGGUGCAGGAUAGUGACAGACAUGAAGUCCUACUUGACCAGGGAUUUGCUACAACGUUUUCUAUAUCUGUGGGGUUUGUUGGUUUGUUUUUUUCCAUAUAUUGUGCUUAGAAAUAAACUUUCCACUUAGGGCUGGCGGUUUGGGGUCUAUUCUGUUGCAUGGCAAUGUAUACAAGUCUUAUUGUCUGUCUUACUGUGCAAAUGAUCCCGCAGCCCAGUUUCAGAGAUGGGCAUGGUCUGAGCCUUUUCACAGCGGCACAAGACUCAAAAGCCUGUCUAGACUGUUUAAUAUUUAAACAACACUAUGAACUUGUCAAUUGUAUGUGUUCUGUGCAAUACGAAGCAUGUCAUUAGCUGGCUUGAUGGGCAGAGGGGCUAAAGGAAGGUCAAAACUUGCUCAAAGAGCUUCAUACACGUGCCAGCAUGGGAGCCAAAGGGCUGCCACCAGCAAAGCAAACUCGGGGGAAGCCAUUGGAAACUAUUUCAGAACAGUUUACUCCAGAACAAGGUACUUCUGAGUUUACGAACUUCUAGGCUGCCAGCCUGAGAGAACAAGUGCAAAUUUAGUGUGGGGGUUGGGGUUUUGAAUUCCCUUUUUCUUUCCUCCUCCAAGUUUUGAUGGCAGAAAUACUGAGGAUCUCUUCCUUCCAUGGCACAGUUCUCUCAUCUCCCACAAUCUCCUUGUGCCGUCCCCUUUGUGCUACUAUGCAGGACUUUCAAAGGUGCAAAUGGAGACAGUAUGCUCCUGAGACAUGAAAAACAAGUUGUGCAUUGGGUGGUUCUAGCAGAUAGAUGAGAUGGGGCAGAGCUAUGCUGCAGAGGCAUCUCUUCUUCCCCAUGUCUUUCUUCUAGUCUUGUCUGCUGGGUCCCUGAAGAGACGUUCCCUGUACUUUGUUACAAAGCUGUCAGAUCACCUUCCACUGACAAACAAAGCUUGCAGAGUUUGGCAGCUGUUUCUCCCAAUGGAGAAAAUUCUGGGUCCUAUCACUGUGGAGACCCCUCAGUUCUUGGGCUUUGUGGCCCUCCAGCAUUGUUUGGGGGUGGUCAGUGUGGAGGGCUGUGUUCAGCCAUCAUCAGAAAUCGUGCGUGUAUGGUCCUGCUCAAUCUUGUGAUUUCUGCCAGUCCCCUGAUUUUCUGUCAGCUUUGACAGGUCUUUCUGGUAAUGCUUUUCUGGUUAUGCUCUUCAGAGGUGUUUUGCUCUGUGUCAGUUGCCAAUGCUGUUCUUGCCUACUGAAACAUCAGUGCUGGCCUCCAGCUUCCACAGCUCUUCCAUUCUUGCCAUGCUGUCUCUUGGUAAAUGCUCACUGCCAAGUUCAAACCCUCCUCCUCUGUGCCUGCAAGGGGUCAAGCACGUGCACUAACCCAAGGGUCACCAGAGAACACAGGGAAUGUUAAGAGUCUGUAUCAGUAAGUCAAACUCUAUAACCAUCAGUCUUUGACAUAUAUUUACUUUGCCAGUCUCAGUGCCUGCUGUUAAUUGGCUGCUACAUAUAAACGACAAAUGCUGGCAAAACCCAUAUACCCAGCUAACACUUGAUUGCCAAUUUAAAAUGUAAAAAACUGUGGGCUGUUUUUCAGAAAAAUCUGGUCUGUUCCCUGUUAUGGUUUCCCAAGCAAAGUGUUGAAGGAUAGUGCCCAUCCUUCCCAUGAUGGGAUGGGCAACACAAGGAAAGAGAAAGCAGCUUAGAUUUGAGUCAAGAGAAGUGUUGGCUGUCCUGUUUUCACUCAGGGAGACAGGAGAAUACAAUUCAUACCUACCAGAUCACUGGCUCUUCUCAAAGCCCUUGAUAUGGCAGCAGUAACUCUAGAGCCAGUGGCUGCAGCUGGAGGACCAUUCUGAAGAAUCUCCAGUUCUGAAGACCAUCCUCUGUCCACUUGUAGUGGUCAGUCAUUCAAGCAUCCUCUCUUUGUUUUCCUUAAGAGAAAAAGAUUAUUUGACUAAGCAAAGCACUAAUGCUCUUCAGUGUAGGAUGAGGCUGCACCAUUAGCACUCCCAACCUUGGUACCUCCACCAGGAUUCCUGCCCAUCUUCUUGUGAGGAUGCAUGGUCAGAAGAGCUGCUCCUUUCCCCUUUCUCUUUUAUGUUGGUCAAGCCCUUGGAGGAGAGCAGUCAGCAGUGCAAUUGCCAUAGGGACUGCUGGCUGAGUACCCUGAUCUCCCCUCCAGCAUCAUCUCCCCUGUGACUGCUCCUUCUCAUUCCUGAGGCAACAGAUGCCUCAUCCCCUCUGCCACCCUUAGACUCUGGCCCUGAAGAUCUCAUGAGCAGACACAGAACUACAUCCUUCACAUUUCCAGACAGGCAAAUUCACUCCAUUGAUAAACAAUGACAUUCAAAUCUGAGAGGACAAGCAAGUGUAGGAGCCUAUUGCAUUGACCUUCACCAUUUCUUACAUGCUGAAGGAAAUAGGGUGAAAACACCAAUUGGUUUCCUCCAUUUUGCAGUAAUGGACCAGUGGCUCUAGGAAUAUUUCCCUCAAUGAUGCAAGUCUGACAUGCAGCAGUUACUGCAGGCUGUCUUUGAUCUCACAUCUAUCAUGUCAGAUAAAAGGAGAGCAGAAUCUGACAGUUCUGUGCUGUUUACACAAGCAUCAAAAACUAUCUUAGUUCAUUAUUCAAAUUACCUCCAGGUCAGUGGGUGAAUUUCUCAUUUGAUGAAAGAUUUUUUUUCUCUUUCAGAACUGGAAUUGCAAGAUAAUAGGUAUGUUAACAUAUACAUAUACAUUUAUUAAUGUUAUCCUGAAAACAUAAAGAAGCGAUAAAAACCUGAAUAAACCUACAAUACUUGAUUUUUGAAUAGCUUUUGUCAGAAGCCAGAGAGUUGCUAUGGAAAAUGCAACAUAGGGUUUGACUUCAGGCAAAGAGAAGACAGAAGAGGGAAAUAAAUUUAUUGCACUCUUGGCCUGUCUUUAGUUCAUGCUCAUUACUGUAUAGCAUUUCAUUGAAACAGAAACAUGUGGAAAACAGACACUCAGCUCCAGCAGCAAGAAACAGACUAAAGACCCCUCAAAACUACCUGAGCCUCAAACAAGCACAAUGAUGCAAAAGCACAAACAGCUUCCAUCACAACUGCUUGAAAAGAGAUGGAUUUCUAAAUGGGACAAGAACUCAGACAGAGUUUCCCAAGCCACAUUUCCCAUAUUUCUUACUUAAAAAAGGAAAAAAAAAAAGAGAAUUAAAAAGGAGUGUUCUGAUACCGAAGUCUUAAAGAAGUAGGUAACAGUAGAGAAGAUGUACUAAGAGAAGAUGCUCCUUUCUAUGUUAUAUCAUGCAUCAAGACGUGCUUUGCCAAACAGAAUUAGAAUAUCACAUUCAGUUCCCUGAUCAUUCAAAGACAGUCUCAGUGACUGAGUCUGCUCAAGGAGACUUCCUAGAGUAUAGCCUUCACCAGAUUACCAGAG